CCUCACAGAGAACUACUGUAUUUCAAAAAUAACACUUCCGGCUGUGUUUUAGAAGUGUUUUCAUUCGCUCGCAGCUUUGAGGAUGUAUCUGUCGGAGGCGCUUUGCUCUGGGUGACGGGGUCUUCAGGUAACUAAAGGAAACCUAAGGGUGGAGAUGCGUUACGGGCCACACAUGUAACUGGUACGGGGAAUAAAGUGCUUCCGCAGGGGCUGGUGGAGAGGCUUGGGGAAAUUUCACCUAAACUCUCCGAAAGAACCUGAGGAUGACGGGCCAGGUGCCAGAGAGAGACCGGUCGCCCCACAACCUGUCAGUGAAGACAACUUUGGAGGAAGAGCUCGAGAGGGCUGAAAGUAAACUCAGCAGGGUGCCAUCGGUCUGCGAUGACACGUCAUCAGAGCUACAACGAGUCGCCGCUCUUGACCCUGACGGACGCAGUUCGGCGAAUUCCUUUCAGAGGAAUGGGGCCAUUUCAAGACUGGUGAAACUGGUGGUGAGGCUGAGGGAAUGGGCACACAGGAGCCUGGUGGAGGAGGAGGAGCGGCCAGACUCCUUCCUGGAACGCUUUCGCGGCCCUGAGCUGAGAAUAGCCCCCAGUCGCAACAGCAUCACCCAACCAGAUGCCAAUGGAAACAAUGCCAAAGGGAUCUUAAGGAAGAGGUGGGAAUUGUUCGUUGUCUCACCAUCUGAUGACGCCUACUACCGUUGGCUGUUUGUCAUUGCUAUUGCUGUCCUCUACAAUUGGUUCCUUGUGAUUGCAAGGGCAUGCUUUGACAAACUGCAGGUGAGCAUUUACAUCUGCUGGCUGGUGCUGGAUUACAUCUCCGAUGCUGUGUACAUACUGGACAGUUUUGUGCGUCUACGGACAGGUUUUCUGGAACAAGGCCUCCUGGUGAAGGACCACGCCAAGCUAAGAGACAGCUACAUCCGAACGUUACAGUUCAAGCUGGACGUGGUGUCCAUCCUGCCCACUGAUCUAGUGUACAUUUACACUGGCAUCCACACUCCUCAGCUCCGAUUCAAUCGCCUGCUGCGCUUCUCUCGCAUGUUUGAAUUCUUUGACCGGACAGAAACACGCACCAACUACCCCAACAUCUUCCGGAUCUGCAACUUGGUGCUCUACAUCCUGGUCAUCAUUCACUGGAAUGCCUGCAUCUACUACGCUAUAUCCAAGUCUUUGGGGUUUGGUUCAGACACAUGGGUCUUUCCAAACAUCUCUCAACCGGAGUACUCGUCCUUAACAAGAAGCUAUGUCUACUGUUUGUACUGGUCGACCCUCACUCUUACCACCAUUGGAGAAAUGCCUCCACCAGUGCAAGAUGAGGAGUACUUGUUUGUGGUCUUCGACUUCCUUGUUGGAGUGCUGAUCUUUGCAACAAUUGUGGGAAAUGUAGGCUCCAUGAUAGCUAACAUGAACGCCACCCGGGCCGAGUUUCAGGCUCGAAUCGACGCCAUCAAACACUACAUGCACUUCCGCAAGGUCAGCAGAGAACUGGAGACGCGUGUCAUCAAGUGGUUCGACUACCUGUGGACCAACCAAAAAGCCGUAGACGAGCAGGAGGUGCUGAAGAACCUACCCAACAAACUGCGCGCUGAGAUUGCCAUCAACGUACACCUUGAGACGCUAAAGAAAGUACGCAUUUUUCAAGACUGUGAGGCCGGACUGCUCGUGGAGCUUGUGCUCAAACUACGUCCGCAGGUUUUUAGUCCAGGAGACUACAUCUGCAGGAAAGGAGACAUUGGUAAGGAGAUGUAUAUCAUUAAAGAGGGGAAGCUGGCAGUAGUAGCUGACGAUGGGGUCACGCAGUAUGCUCUCCUCACUGCUGGAAGCUGCUUUGGGGAGAUCAGCAUUUUGAACAUAAGGGGUAGUAAAAUGGGGAAUCGCCGCACAGCCAACAUCCGAAGCUUGGGAUACUCUGACCUCUUCUGCCUCUCCAAGGACGACCUAAUGGAGGCAGUGACCGAGUAUCCAGACGCUAAAACGGUGCUAGAGGACAGGGGUAGGGAGAUUCUUAAGAAGGAAGGGCUUCUUGACGAGAAUGCGGAGAAGGGUGGGCUACAGAAGGAGGACACAGAGGAGAAGGUGGAGAGACUGGAGUCCUCUCUGGACACCCUACAGACUCGUUUUGCCCGUCUGCUGACUGAGUACACAGACACUCAGCAGCGGCUAAAGCAGCGAAUCACUCUGCUGGAGCGGCACCUGAACCAAACUGACUGCGGCGCAGAGGCAAACAAUGACAUGGAUGCCAGCACACAAAUGGCAAGUGGAAGUGACCCCGGUGGUUUUGGCAGUACAAAUGGGUCACCACAUAAAAACGAUGUUCAGAGUCAGGACAGAAACAGCCAAACAGUACAACACUGACACUUUCAACAUCAGACUUCAGCCAUUCAUUCAUCCACUCACUGGAGGAAUCAUGGAGGAUGGAGCCUGUCUCCAGGGGUCAAUGGCUUGAAGGCGGAGUACGUCCUGGAUAGGUCACCAGUCCAUCACAGGGCAGCAUAGAGACACAUCGGGGAAAUAGCCAUGCAUGUACACCCAGCAGGGUAAUCGAAAGUGGCCAAUUAAGCUAAAAUGCAUGUUUCUGCUCUGCUGGAGGCAGCCGGAACAUCUUCAUACACCAUUGCCCUUUUUCUGUUUUCUUGCAGUUUAUAAGUUAAAGAAAUAUCUGCAUUUCAAUCAACAUGAAAACAAAAUAAACAACACCAGAACCCAGCUAACUUUGAGUUAUUGUAUAAAUGAACGGCCAAGAGCUGAAUUCAAAGGUUGACUUCAAGUUUCUAACCUGUUCAAGCUAAAUAAAUGUUUCAGAGUAUAUAAACAAGUACAAGAUACUCUGGGAUUUCUUUAUAUCUUCCUUUGGAUCACCUAUGAAUAUCAUGUUUGUUUGCAUCAACAGAGACAUUCAGUUCCCUCUACAUGUCAUCUAUUAUGCUUUGGUACUCUUCAAAUGAGCUCCUGCUGCUUCUCCAGGGAACCAAAGGUCUAAGGAGAUCGUGCAUGGUGAUUAGUUGUCACACACAAACAAUUUGUUUCCAGUGCCCCCCUUUCUAAGGUGCUAUAUAGCAUUCAGCUUUUUCACAUUUACAAUUACAAUCACAAAAUGCCCUUUUAAAGGAAAUUUAUGCCACAGACCAACACAAAGGGAGGGAUGAUUGUGGAGCAGAAGGAAAUUCUUUACAAUGAAGAGCUGAAAAGUGUACUUUUAUAAAUUUCUUUUUAAAUACAUUGACGUUUGGGACUGUAACAUAUAAAAAAGGUUUAUUAAUACCUUUGUGAUGUUUUGUAAAUCUGUAUCCAUGUUUUUGACUGUUCCCUAAAUGUUACAUUUACAAAGUUUGUGCCAUGAAAACUUUUUGCUGAAAAAAAACAGACUUCCUUUAAAAAAAAGAAAAGAAAUUAAUCUUCAGACAGACAGAAAUAGAUUCAUCUUCAGACACUCAAUAUUGAUUAUUUGCAAAAGCUUUGUGUUCUACCUUCUAGCCCAACAAAAAUUAGCGAGGUCCUGUACUGACGUCCACCCAUUUAUUUGAGGAAAGUUACACUUUGAAGUAAAAGGCCGGGGAUUUUCCAGUUUUUCAGCCUUUGCAUUCCUGGACACACAUGAACAGUGUUGAUAAGAGGAGCUGGAACAAUGCCUCACAGCAGCAGAGCUGAAGAGAGCUGGUAACAAUAAAGAGGCAGGAGCUGUCGAAUUCAUAUCCUGCCAGAAAGGCACUGAUUAUAUCAAGCAUCUUGAACCAAUCUUCACUCAGCUACAGAAUGGUAAAAAAAAAAAGGUUUCUAAAUUCUUAAAUAUUUGCAUCAUGGGCAACCAAUCAAUAGACAUUUAAGAUGAAGAACUAUGAUGAUGAUAACAAUGUAGAGCAAUGUGCAAAGGAUUUUUUUGUUCAUGAUUUGCUUUCCUUGUGUGU